GAAUAUUUCACCGGAGAGACGUACUCUUCUUGCCAAUGGCCUUGCAGAUUCUCCUCCCAUGGGGUGGAAUAGUUGGAAUCACUUCAACUGCAACAUCAAUGAGACUGUGAUCAGAGAAACUGCUGAUGCACUUGUUUCAACUGGACUUGCUAAACUUGGAUACAAGUAUGUAAAUAUAGAUGAUUGCUGGGCGGAAUAUAAACGUGAUAAUAAGGGUAACCUUGUAGCUAGGAAAUCGACAUUCCCUUCGGGCAUCAAACUUCUUGCAGACUAUGUGCAUAGCAAGGGUCUUAAGCUUGGUAUAUAUGGCGAUUCAGGUUCCAUGACUUGUAGCAAGACCAUGCCCGGUUCACUUGGUUACGAAGAACAGGAUGCCAAAACUUUCGCUUCUUGGGGUAUCGACUACUUGAAGUACGACAACUGCAACAAUGAAGGGAUAAAGCCAAUCUAUAGAUACCCAAUAAUGACAAGAGCUCUCAUGAACGCAGGCCGUCCUAUCUUCUUUUCACUAUGUGAAUGGGGAGAUAUGCAUCCUGCUCUAUGGGGUGGUACGGUAGGAAAUAGUUGGAGAACUACUAAUGACAUCAACGAUUCGUGGAACAGCAUGAUCUAUAUAGCAGAUAUGAACGAGUAUUAUGCAGAUUAUGCAAGACCUGGUGGUUGGAAUGAUCCAGAUAUGCUCGAGGUCGGAAAUGGAGGGAUGACGAAAGAUGAAUAUAUAGUCCAUUUUAGCAUAUGGGCCAUUUCCAAAGCUCCGCUUCUUAUCGGUUGUGAUGUUAGAGAUGUCGCGAAUGAGACUCUCGACAUCCUAGGAAACAAGGAGGUCAUUGCUGUUAAUCAAGACAGACUCGGGGUUCAGGCCAAAAAGGUGCGAAUGGAAGGCGAUCUCGAGGUUUGGGCAGGACCCCUUUCCAAUUAUAGAGUAGUAGUACUUCUGCUGAACCGUGGUCCUGCAAGUGCUCCGAUCACAGCCCAUUGGGACGACAUAGGACUUCCGCCAAACACAGCCGUGGUCGCCAGAGACCUUUGGCUUAUGGAUACUUAAUGCAGCAC